CAAACUUUUCCAAAAUCUCAGCUCCGAUCUCCUGCCUUUGACUCCUCCUCCAGAAGAAGAAUCCAAAGAUCUUCUUCAACCUCCAGAAAACCCUAAAACGAUUUGAUUUCACUUUGAUUUGUGUUGCAAUGGAGUUUGAUGGAGAUGAGGAGUUUAUUGGAGAUGAUGAGUCUAGCUUUGAGCAGUGUUACCGUUGUUACCCUGUCACAUUCAUUGAAAAGGCACAUCUUGACAAGGGUGACAAAAUUAUAAUGCCUCCUUCUGCUCUCAACCGUCUUGCUUCUUUGCAUAUUGAGUACCCAAUGCUGUUCCAACUGAGUAACGAAUCUGUUGGCAAGAUCACACAUUGUGGUGUACUCGAAUUCACUGCAGACGAAGGCGUUGUUUACUUUCCUUAUUGGAUGAUGCAAAACAUGUCUCUUGAAGAGGGAGACAUUGUGAGGAUCAAGAAUAUGAGCUUGGUGAAAGGGACUUACAUCAAGCUUCAGCCUCACACUCAAGAUUUCUUGGACAUUACCAACCCAAAAGCCAUCUUGGAGACUACGCUUAGGAGCUACUCUUGCUUGACCACUGGCGAUACAAUUAUGGUUCCUUAUAACAACAAGCAAUACUUUAUCAAUGUGGUUGAAGCGAAGCCUUCUUCAGCUGUGAGUAUUAUUGAAACGGACUGUGAGGUUGAUUUUGCUCCUCCUCUUGAUUACAAAGAGCCUGAGAAGCCACAAAAACUGACUCCUCCAAAGAAGCGAACUCGCCAAGUUGAGGAAGAAGAACCAGCAAGCAAAGUUCCCAAGUUCACGCCAUUCACUGGAUCCGGAAAGCGUUUGGAUGGGAAAACACAAACAGAAUCAACUGAACAAGAAGAUGCAAAACAAGAAGAGAAGCCAACUGAGAAUGGAAAAGAAGAUGAGAAGUUGUCAAGCACAACGCCACGGCAAAAAUCAGGGAAGCUGGUCUUUGGCUCAAACAGCAAACAAGCUUCAAAAGAAACUGUGAAAGUUGAUCCCAAGAACGUUGAGCAAGAGAGCUCGACAAAAUCUGAUGAAGCCAAGUUCAAAGUGUUUACUGGGAAGAAAUAUUCACUCAAAGGUUAAGCCAAAACACAGGGGUUUUUAAGUUUAAUCAUCUGCUGAUGAAUAUUUAUUUGUUUUUUUUUUAAAUUUCUUUUUCCAUAAAUAUAUUUGUUUAAGCAUUGAUAUUCAUAGUGUUUCAGAAAAAAAAAAGCAUUGAUAUUCAUA